AUGUCUGAGACUACGCCAGACCACGACCCGCCCAGGGUGAACGAGCAGAAGCUCACACCAGCCGAGCUGAAGAAGAGAGCGAAAGCUGAGAAGCAGGCCAGAAGAGCUGCCCAGAAAGAUCAGAAGCCGGAGGAGGAAGGCCCACCACCAGCGGCAGAACCGGCGAACGGCAUCAAUGGGGAAUCGAAGACGCCUCAGAAGAAUAGCAGUGCGCCUCAACAACAGCAACAGCAACAGCAGAAGCCGAAGGCCGAGAAGCAGCAAAAGGCACAACAGCAAAAGCCGGGCAAGCAAGGCGCACAAGAAGCUGAACCCCAUCACAAGCGGACAGGCUCACAACAGAUGCCGCUCCGCAGAAGACCUUCGCAAUCAGGCGCGCAGCCGAAGGCGCCCGUUAAAACGAAGAAGGACAACAAGCAGGUCGAGCUGUUCAGCCACUUAUACACACAGCCGAGACGGCAUACCAUUGAAGGUGUCUCCAAGGACGUCCACCCUGCUGUCCUGGCUCUCGGGUUCCAGAUCAGCAGCUACGAGAUAUGUGGCAGCAGCGCACGCUGUGUGGCGAUGCUACUGGCGUUCAAGGAGGCCAUACAAGAGUACACCACACCUGUCGGCACCUCGCUCGCACGGCAUCUUACAUCACACUACCUCUCACCACAGAUCGACUUUCUAAAAUCCUGCCGGCCGAUUUCAGAGUCCAUGGGAAAUGCUAUUCGGUGGCUCAAGAAGUUGAUCGUGGAGAUUGAUCCAAGCACGCCGGAGCAGGAAGCCAAGGAUGAGCUUUGCGAGAGGAUUGAUACUUUCAUCCGCGAGCGCAUUACUGUCACUGAUCAGGCUAUUGCUGCUUCAGCCUGCCAGCAGAUCAAGAACGGCUCUGUUGUCCUCACAUACGCCAAGAGCUCGAUCGUCGAGAAGACGAUACUGGAGGCUCACGCGAAGGGUACGCAGUUCCGAGUCAUCGUCGUCGACUCCAGGCCGCUCCUCGAGGGCAAGCGCCAAGCCACGACUCUGAUGCACGCCGGCCUAGAAGUCGAAUACGUGCCAUUCUCAGGCAUCCCACACGCCGUCAAGCAUGCCACAGUGGUGUUGCUAGGCGCACACUCCAUGCUCUCCAACGGCUGUCUGCAAUCCCGGAUUGGCACAGCUGCAGUGGCGAUGCAUGCCACGAAGCGCGACAUCCCGGUCAUCGUCUGCUGCGAGUCGGUCAAGUUCAGCGGCAAGGUUGCACUGGACAGUAUUGUGCUCAACGAGGUUGCGCCAGCUGAGGAGUUGCUCUUACCUUCCAAGCCCACCCCGUCGAGGCCAGCUCCUAAGGACAGCAGCGAGGACGAAGCAGAAGCAAAGCCGAAGACACUGGAAGACUGGAAAGACAUCCCGCAUCUGCAACUGCUGAACCUGAUGUACGACGUCACGCCGGCAGAGUACGUUCGGAUGGUCAUCUGCGAGUAUGGGAGCUUGCCGCCGAGCUCGGUGCCGGUUGUGCAUCGGCUGGCUAAUGAAGGUAUGUAA